AUAACUCGGUUAGUGAGCUGACAAAGUACCUAGUUUCUUUUUGCACUCAGUGAAGUUGUAAAAUUAUUACUGUUCGUCGUUCUGAUCUUAUUUCAUCCAUAUUGUGAUAACGGGACGUGUCCCAAAAAAAGAGCUGAUGGCCAACUCGACAGAUAUGAGGAGACAGGAUCCAAAAAAUUGGACGAAUAUAUGAGAAAAGAUCGCCAAAGAAGUGUUAUUGCGAGAAGUGAAAAACGUCUAAAAAUGUGCGAAGAGGAGAAACACGCACACAGAGAAAAGGAAAAACUGAGGAAGAGGCCACAGCGAUUAAAGAAGAAAAUUUCUUCACAUAGGAUGAAAGAUUCUAUCAUCAUUAAAAAAAGAGAUGCAUGCAGCUGUCCUCAAACUUUUGGCAAGGCGAUUAACAAAGCUACUAGUAAACUGCUUAAUUGUCCUACUGAGAAGCAAGCAGUUAUCAAGGAAUUAUUUCUGAGAGUUUUCGUUUCAGAAGAUCACAAUGGCUACAUGGCUAUGGUGGAAAAAAGCAAAAUCAAGUUCAGGGCGGAAAGUGAUCUACGUAAAUUGGUUGCUGAUUUUUACUGUUUGGACGAUACAAGUCGUCAAGCUCCGGGUAAACGUGACUCGGAAACUGUACGAGACAAAAACGCAAGCGUUAAACAACGGAUACCCAUUAGGCACCUGUUGAUGACUGUGAUCGAAGCUCAUUUUGAGUUAAAAAAGCAGAUGCCGCAUAAUGUGUGUGUAUGUAAAUUUGAUUUAAAUUUUUCGUUUCUUAUUGAUUCCGUACAUUCUUGUGUGCAAGAUCUCCCUGUCAAUUCUAAGAGUUUAUUGCCAAUCAUUUGUUGUGAUCAGAAAAACAAAAAUUGCAUGUUUAACCAUGUUAAAAGUUGUACGUAUAAUGUAAGAAAAAUUUUGCCUGAAAAUUUGGAUACUAGAGUUAGUGUUCAUCUAUAGAAAUGGGAAAAUAUCGAUGGAUUUUUGCAAGUGACAGGAAAGCAGUUUCAGUUAGACCAUAUAUAAUAUGAGAAAUUAAUAAAGAACUUGCAGCUUUUAAAAAGCAUUCCUAUGUUUAAAAUAUGCAGUCGGGAUAUUUUGAAAAUUGUAAAAAUCGACGGGAUGAAUGUGAAGCUGUUAUCCAGGUUGAUUUCACCGAAAAUGCCACUAUCACAGCUCAAAAUCAGAUACAAGGUGCAUUUUGGAAACAGCGGCAAGCAACGAUUUUCACUUGUUGUAUUUGGAGUGAUGGGAAAGUUAAAUCUUUAGUUAUCGUGACAAUUUAGAUCAUUCUAAAUAUGCAGUUUGGACAUUUUUCAAAGUUAACGGGGCAUUUAUCAAAAAAGAAUUUCCACUUGUCAAUUGUCUAAUUAUUUUUUCGGGCAAUGCUGCUAGUCAAUUCAGAAGUAGAUUUUCUGUUUCUAAUAUUUUCUUUUUAGACAUUGAUCUCGACUUGAUUUUGGUCGAAUGGAAUACACUCGCUCCAAACCAUGGAAAGGGAGCUGUAGAUGGUAUUGCUGGGGGUUUAAAAAGUUUGGUAUAAACGAAAAUUUUAUCUGCAAUUUUGCAUGUCGAUUCCGCCAAAGAUUAUGACCUUGUUGCGAAAAAAUGUUAUAAAAAAUCUACAGUUUUCUAUGUAACGACUGAAGAUAUCUCAGAGAAUUAAAAACUCCUUGAUGCGAGGUGGAAUAAUGUUUUAAAAGUGCAAUUGAGACUCAAAGAAUCCAAGACCGUCCUAGGCCUAAGCGCAUUCCAUCAUGUCAAAAAAUUAUACAAUUAUCGUAUUUUUGUUGGGCAAACUUCGAAGUCUACGCUGCAUGAACUCGCAAUUUUCCCUUGCGAACCCGAAGUAGCUUUUAUGCAGCUUAAAAAACAUAUACGUUUAAAAUACAGCGAUGGAUACUCCGAAAGUGAUUUUGAAGAUUAAAUAAAAAAGUUGUGUGAUAUUAGUAUUAAUUUUAUAGAUAUAGGUGUAGACAAGAAUGUACGUAGAAUAAAUGUUAUAACCCUGAUUU